AUGGGCUGGCGCAGAACCGUGCGGGGACGCAUGGGGGAGUCCCUCUCGGUCACCUGCGAGUACCAGCCCGGCCUGGAGAUGAACCCGAAGUUCUGCUGCAAACCGGGAACGGUUUAUACCUGUGCUGAGGACAUCGUCAUCACUUCGGAGUCACAGCCCGUGGUGCAGAAGGGCCGAUUCUCCAUCCGGGAUAACCGCACACACCUGGUGUUCACAGUGACUGUGGAGGAUCUGACAGAGGAGGAUGCGGGAAUCUACCGCUGUGGGAUGCGAACAGGAAGGCUCCAGUUAGAUUGGAGUGAUGAAGUGGAGGUGAUCGUGUUGCCAGGUCAGUCCCUGCACAAUUCCACCCCAGCAACAGUGAGCACAGCGCUGGGGGGCCGGGGACAGACUACGGGAGGAGGUGUCACCCUGAGCGAGGGGGGAUGGAGAGGGACAAAGUGCCCUCCUGGCACCCGCUGCAUCAGUCGCUCCUUCACACCUGCAACCCCGACGCUCCAGCCGGAUGCUCCGGAGGGAACCCGUGGCUCUUUCCGCUACUUCCCGGUGCUGGCCGGGCUGCAGCUGCUGGCGCUGCUGGUCAUGAGCGCGGCCGUGCUCUGGGUCAGCCUGCGGGGCUGA